UUUUCUCUACCCAGAUGUGUGGUGCCAAAUUGUGAUGACAACAGUACCAAUUACAAGGAGAACUUCACUGAGUGGGCCAUCCCAGAGGGUGACCAGUGUCAUGUCUGGACACUUAAAAACAACAUUACUGACCAAUGUGAACCGGAUAUGUUUUUCAAUACAACUGCAUCUUGUUCACAGUGGGUCUAUGACACUUCAUUGUUCUUUGCAACUACUGUUACAGAGUUUGACUUAACAUGUGAAAAAGCUUGGCUUCGUCCUCUUGCUGGCUCAUUGUACAUGACCGGAAUGUUAGUCGGAGGUAUUGUUAUUGGUGAUUUAGCUGAUCGCUUCGGAAGAAGAAAGGGAAUCUUGAUGUCAGCACUUCUACUUGGUGUUGGUGGAGUUAUAAGCGCAGUGUCCCCAGAUUACUACAUCUUGCUGUUGAUGAAGUUCUUUACCGGUGCUGGAGGCAGCGGCCUCGUUCUGGUCUCAUAUGUCUUGUCUGUAGAGUUUAUUGGCGUUAAAUGGCGCACAUUUUGUGGGAUCAACAUUCAAAUACCAUUUGCACUUGGUGAAGCUAUGACUGGAGUGUUGGCUAUCUUCAUCAGGGACUGGCGUUGGCUGCAACUUACUGUCACGGCUCCUGCUGUUCUCCUUAUAUCUUAUACUUGGUUAAUGCCAGAGAGUGUUCGAUGGUUAGUCGUCCAGGGUCGUAAUGCUGAAGCAAAGAAGAUUAUACAGACAAUUGCCAAAGUUAAUAAUGUAGAGGUGCCCAGACAUCUGCUGGAUGAUGCCAACAUGGAGUCUCGUCCUGUUGAUGGAACUCUGUCAGUCACCAGCAGUAAUGUUGAACUUGUGAAUGAAACUAGACAAGAAGCAAAGACCAAGAAGACUGUUAUUGACAUCUUGAGAAUCCCUGUUAUGAGGAUAAGAUCACUCAACAUGUUUUCUCUUGGAACUGUUACUAGGCAGGUGAAGAGUGCAGAAGUGCAAAUGCAGGAGGAGGUAAUGGCGCUCGAGGAAGAGCUUGAGGAAGUGUUGAGGACAUUGAUGCCGCCUCCUAAGUAUGAUGUUCCCGAGCUGGUAAGAGGCGCGGCGUUGCCUUUGGAGGAAUGGAGCGUGGUUGUGCUCUGCACCCCUCUGAUGUUUUCAGGCGAGCAACAUUGUACCAACAUGGUACUGAGUAUGAGGCGUCGAGUAAAUACCAUCGGUAUUGAGCUGCUUCGUGGGGCGAUUUCACCCACGUCUGCGCAGGUGUUACUCCCGACCAUCAUUAGGGAGACGUAUGGCAUACAGGAUGAGGUGUAUGGUGUAGCCCUGAAUGGGGCAUACAGAAUCUUCGUAAAACUGAAUUCCACGUCCGUGUACGAGUCAUUGGUGAUGCGAUUCCAAGACGUAAGCCUUGAUGCCACUCCAGCUGUGAAGGUGCGUUUAAUCGAUAUCCCGCCACUUUACGUGCGUUAA